GGGUUCAGGCUGGGCCACUGGCCCGUGGUGCCGGCCGACUGCGUGCUCCUGGAGUACCACUCUGACAAGUUUGUUGCAGGCAGUGUGUUCAUGUCAGGCCGGCUCGACGGCCCCGAUGAAGGUGUGUCUGGUCUCGUUCAUUUGGUCAGCCUGGGGUUCAUGACGCUGCGGGUCGAGUUGCACAGCUUCCUCCAGACGAACGAUGCAGCGCCGUCUAUGGCGCUUCGGGUUAGGGUGGAGGUGACGGACCAGGCGUUCGCUGCGUGUGAAUCGCUUUUGGAGGUCACCAGGCAUCCCUGGAGGAAGAGCUUGAUGAAUGUGAUGGCGUGGGUUCGCCCCGAGGUUACGACGUCAGCCACGAUAUAUGGGAUGGAUGGUCUUGUUCCAGCGGUGGACGGUGGCGCUGGUUGUGAUUUCACGCCGAAGAGUGACUCGCAGUUUGAUCUUGCUGCUUUCUACGAAGCCGUUAAGCCUUCGAUGGACGCAGUGCUGUUGGAAGAGGAGCUUCCUGAUUUACUUCCUCAUCUCAGACCAUAUCAACUCCGUGCAGCGAAUUGGAUGGUCGAGCAUGAAAAAGGAAGUGCAGCUGUUUCAUCACCCAAUGAGGGUUAUGUUCAUCCUGCACCAUAUUGUGUUCCAAUAGAUUUUAUUAACAAGAAGUCCAGGAUGUUCUACAAUCCCUUCAAUGGAAAUGUUUCAUUGCAACCAGAGCCUUCUCCACCUUAUGUCUCUGGGGGCAUUUUGGCUGAUGAAAUGGGCUUGGGGAAAACUGUUGAGCUUUUGGCUUGCAUUUUUGCCCAUCGAAGCACAUUUUCCAUGGAGUGUUCUGUCUCUCAAACCAGAAAAGAAUUAGAUCGGAUAAGUAGGCAAAAAAGAGAUAGGAUUGAGUGCAUUUGCGGGGCUGCAAGUGAAAGUUCUGCCUACAAGGGGAUAUGGAUCCAGUGUGACAAUUGUGAUGCUUGGCAGCACGCUGAUUGUGUUGGCUACACACCCAAGGAAGAUUUAACCUUUGAUGAUGAUAAUAUGUUGUCAAACUGUGAGAAAGGCACCAUGAAGCCAAAACGUAGAAGGAGAGCCACAUAUUCUAUUGCAGAGACGGAAGAAAGCUACAUUUGUGCAGUGUGCCUGGAACUUGCUGAAGCUGCUCAAACUACUAUUUUCAGUCGUGCUACAUUGAUAGUAUGCCCAUCGCCAAUAUUGGCACAGUGGCACUCUGAAAUUACCCGACACACAAGGCCAGGAUCUCUGAACAUUCGUAUUUAUGAAGGUGCAAGGAACUUGGACUCAGCUUCUAACCAAAGAAAUGAUCUGACUGAGAUAAGCACUGCUGAUGUUGUUUUGACAACUUAUGAUGUCCUCAAAGAAGAUCUGUCACAUGAUUUUGAUAGACACGAUGGUGAUCGGCGUUUCUUGAGAUUUCAGAAGAGGUACCCUGUCAUUCCAACUGUCCUAACAAGGGUCCACUGGUGGCGGCUUUGUUUGGAUGAAGCUCAGAUGGUAGAGUCCAGCAAAACUUCUGUUACUGAGAUGGCAAUGAGGCUAAAUGCACAACACCGCUGGUGUAUCACAGGAACUCCAAUACAGCGCAGGCUUGAUGAUCUUUUCGGCCUUCUACGCUUUCUCAGGACAAGUCCAUUUGACACAUACAGGUGGUGGGUGGACAUUAUUAGAGACCCAUAUGAGAAAGGAGAUAUGAUAGCUAUGGAUUAUACACACAAGUUCUUCAAGGAAAUCAUGUGGCGCUCCUCUAAAAUUCAUGUCUCGCGGGAAUUAAAGCUGCCUCCACAAGAAGAGUGUUUCUCGUGGCUCAUCUUCUCGUCAAUUGAAGAAUAUUUCUAUCAGAAGCAGCAUGCAACUUGCAUGGACCAUGCACAUGAAAUUAUUAGACGUUUAAGAAAUGAUGCCAACAGGAGGGAACCAACAUCAGAUUCAAAUGCUUUAUCAAAUGUGUACCUCUCCAACAACGACACUGCCAAACUUCUAGUUCCACUGCUCAAGCUUCGGCAAGCCUGUUGCCACCCGCAAGUGGGGAGUUCUGGUCUCUGCUCUCUGCAACGUACUCCUUUGUCAAUGGAUGAAAUUUUACAGGUACUUAUUGGUAAAGCAAAAGUUGAAGGGGAGGAAGAACUUAGGAAAGUAGUUGUUUCCCUAAACGGUCUUGCUGGAAUCGCUAUCAUAGAACAAAAGAACCAAGAAGCUAUCUCUUUGUACAAAGAAGCACUAGAUUUUGCUCGUCAAAAUAUUGAUGAUUUUCGUGUUGAUCCUUUGUUGAAUCUUCAUAUCAACCACAAUCUUGCGGAGCUGCUCAGGACUAGUUCUGAAUAUUUACAAGAAUGUCCACUGAAAGUACAAGCUUCUGUUCUCUACUACAAACGAAAAAGAAAAGAAACUAGCCCUGUGCAUUCAGAGCUAUGUGGCAUAAAGCGAAAUAAAAUAUCUGAGAACAGUGGCUCAGAUUUGGCAGCUGAUGGUGCUGAAACCUCUGAGGACAUAAAUAUUAUUGGACAAGCAUCCACAAGUGUAGAGUUGGAUGCAGAGAACAAUGCGGGAUGCCACUCAUCAUCUGAAUGUUUUGCUGAUGGUUGUUUGAGAAAGACAUGCAACACACUCAAAGAAAAAUAUUUAUCAGUUUUUACCACAAAGUUACUAAUAGCACAAAAGGAUUUCAGCGCAUCAAUGGAAGAGGUCACCACUCUUAAUAAAGAACUACAAAAUCAGGGUAUGCAUUGGUGGCUAUACGCUUUGGAUUCCAUUGAGAAGAAUAAGGAGUCCGCCGAUGAGCUACUUAAGAAGGUUGAUAGUUUUUCCACUAAGAGCACCACUGGAUUGGGUACAGCGGGAAUAUCGUCCAGGGUUCAAACAAUUGCUGGCUUGAAGUAUACCAUUCAAUCUGGUAUUGAUUCCCUGCAAGGUUCAAGGCAGCAAUUAAUGAUUAGGCUUUUGGAAAUAGAUAAAACAAUGGAUAACCCAAGGGACGAAGACAUUGAGGGUCAGAGAUAUUGUCCGAAGUGCUAUGAUGGUACUGGUUCUUUGUGCAUGCAGUGUGAACUAGAUGAGCUGUUUCAGGGUUAUGAGGCACGGCUCUUUGUUGUUAAGAAAUCAAACAAUGAUUCUGUUAUUGCUUCAAUAGAUGAAGCACAGGAUUUGCAAAGACGAAAAUACGAGUUGAAUCAUUUCUUCCGUAACAAAAAAGCUAAUGAAGGAUCUGAAGUUGGCGGUGACAAUAAUAAUCCAAGAUCUGCUCGGGAAAACAUACAGGUCUACAGGCAUCCUUCUCGGACCGAGACUGCCCUGAAGGCUGUUCGGACCCACUCAAAGACAGUACUUGGAAAUCAAUAUGCUGAAAUUGCAAAGAAACAUUUGCUUCUUUUUGAGGCAAUGCGCAAGGAGUUCUCUCUUGCAAGGAGUUUGUCAAUUUGUCAGAACCAAUUACUGCGUGCUCAUGAUGAGAUCAAGAUGUCUAUCUCGCGGCUGCAGCUCAAAGAGAAUGAUGAUGAGCCCAGUGCUGUCAAUAUUGUAACCAGAGAAGAGCUCAUACCAUACAACGUGCAAUUCACGAGUGACAAAUUCUUAGCUCUUGCAUCUUUAGCUCGUAUAAGAGGCCAACUUCGGUACCUGAAGGGAUUGAUGCUGCCCAAGUCAGGCAACACUGCUGAUACAACAGCUUCUUUCCCUGCCACAGGGCAAACUGAUUCUGAGAUAAGCAAUGAACAAUGCCCAGUUUGUCAGGAGAAGAUUCUUGAGCAAAAAAUGGUUUUCCAAUGUGGCCACUCCAUGUGCUGCAAGUGUUGUUUGUUCCUGACAGAACGAGCUGCAGGGAGGCACCAAAAAUGGAUUAUGUGCCCUACAUGCCGUCAACGUACUUAUCUUGAGAAUGUUGCUUUUGUGGUCGAGAAACAGAGUGAAAAUGCUGAUAAACAAGCCGAGGAUUUGGCAGAAAGCGCUAUUUCUGUCCAAGGUUCAUAUGGAACAAAGAUUGAAGCUGUAACAAGAAGGAUUUUGAGGAUCACUUCAACUGAUGGAGCAGCCAAAAUACUUGUUUUUUCAAGUUGGAAUGAUGUUCUUGAUGUGUUAGAGCACUCCCUUGCUGCUAACAACAUCUCUUAUGCUCGGAUGAAAGGAGGAAGAAAAUCACAAGUGGCCCUCUGUCAAUUUAAAGGUCAGGCAUCCAGUAUAAAAGGAGAGAAAGUGAAGAAUGCAGUUCCCAAAAUACGGCAUGUUCAAGUAUUGCUAAUGCUUAUCCAACAUGGCGCAAACGGUCUGAAUCUACUGGAAGCACAACAUGUGAUUCUAUUGGAGCCAUUACUAAACCCAUCGGCUGAGGCACAAGCUAUCAGUAGGAUCCAUAGAGUUGGGCAAGACAAAAGCACAUUUAUCCACCGGUUUGUAGUGAAGAAAACAAUAGAAGAUAGCAUCUACAGAAUGAACAGGGGUAGAGCUGUCUGCUCCACGAUCAACCGUAAGUCAAAAAACUUCAAAGACGAGCUUGCUUUGACGCUGAAGGAUGUCGAGUCACUAUUUCCUGUGAAAGCACCUGAUCAGCCUCCAGAUGAGGAGAGCCAAAAUCAUGGCGAUAGCUUGAGGAGUCUGCCUCCGUAUGUUGCUGCGGGGUUGGCUGCUGAAAUGAGGGCUACCAAUAGAGCGACAUGAUAACCAACAUUAAGUUAACAGAAGUUAUCUUGGUCUGAAUGGAAAUUUCAGUGCUCUGAAAGCUCAAGGCGUCCAACUUCAGAUCACAGAGGACAACAAUAAUUUUAGAUGAAUGGAUAUGAUAUGGUCAUGAAGUUGUCGCAUCACAAGAAUCUGUCAUGACUGAUAGAAUGGCGUGGAACACCGGAGCCAGUGAGGCUGUGAAGGUGUAGGUUUAGGGAGGCGAUAAAUUUGUAACAUAGGCUCGUUAGUUUGACAUUAGGAUGAGCAACUUAGCAUGUAACAUGGCUCAUCUCAUGUUGCUUCUUUGUUAUGGUAAUUCUGCCAUGACAGCUUGCGUUUGGUGUACAAUGUUUAUGAACGUAGCAUGUAUGGUAAUAAUGCAACAUGUACAGUUUU